AAUAACCAUACCCUUAAAUUUCUUCACACCUGACACGUAAUCAAGCGUUUUCAAUCCCUAUCUGAUGAUUCUGAUUUCUGAUCAGAUCAAGACCGGUCAAUCGCUUCCAAAACAAACACUACCCCUUCAAAAAACAAAAAUAAAAAAUAAAACCCCCGUCUGAUCUCCGCCACGUGGCAUUGAAUCCCAUUUGCGCUGUCUUCAUCUCGUGAUUAAACGAAGAACCUGUUUCUCUUUACAAGUACAAAACCACCACCACCACACCGCACCAGGUCUUGACCACCUUACCCUUCUCUCUCUCUCACAACAGAAAACCCCCAAAUAUUUCUUUACACUUUCAAGUUUCAACUCUCUCAUCAAAACUCUCACGGGGCAUAGCAAAAACUAAGGGUUUUCCUUAAUGUCUGCAAAUUCUUCCCAUAUCGACCUGAACUCCGACGUCGAUUCGGCCGACCCGGAAAACGGGUCUCUUCGGGUUAAGAAUUCGGAGCCUUCGGUUAAACCCGUUGGUUCUGAAACUGAAACCCUAACGGUAAAGGAGGAGCCUUUGAAGAGUCAGAGUCAGGUUCAGGGUUCUUUAGUGGAGAAAGUUAGGAUCUUUAGUGAGAUUGAGGGUGCUGAGAGUUUAGUGGGGGGGCAAGUUGUUGUUGGGGAAGUGAAAAGCGAUAAAGAAUUGGUUUUGGAGUCGAAAAAUAGUGUUGGGAUUGUUGGGACUAUGGUUGGGGAUUCAGGGUUUAAUGAAAAGAAUGUUGGUACUGUAGAUGGAGACCCUUUUGUAGAAGGGAAUGAUCCAUUGCAAAGUCGGGCCGAGGAGGAAGUAGUUGGAAGUGAUGGGGGUCAAAAUGGAAAGCAGGUUCAUGUUGACGAGGUCUCAGGUUCUAGACAGGGUGAUAGAGAGCCGGGUGUAGAGUCAGUUAGCCAAUUAUCAACUGCAGCGGAGAUUGAUGAGACGGGGGUUACUCAUGUUUCUGAGGUUUUAUCUUCAGAGGGAUUAGAAAACCAGGAUACGAAAAUGGAUGCAGUUGUAGAGACCAAUGAGAAACGAUCUCCAGACGUUCAUGUUUCUGAGGUUUUAACUUCAGAGGGAUUAGAAAACCAGGAUACGAAAAUGGAUGCAGUUGUAGAGACCAAUGAGAAACGAUCUCCAGACGUUCAUGUUUCUGAGGUUUUAACUUCAGAGGGAUUAGAAAACCAGGAUACGAAAAUGGAUGCAGUUGUAGAGACCAAUGAGAAACGAUCUCCAGACGUUCAUGUUUCUGAGGUUUUAACUUCAGAGGGAUUAGAAAACCAGGAUACGAAAAUGGAUGCAGUUGUAGAGACCAAUGAGAAACGAUCUCCAGACGUUCAUGUUUCUCUUCAGAGGGAUUAG